UUCUCUUUUGGACAGUUUCCUUCACUGGCCAGCAAACCCUUUUUCUUCCCAUCUCUCUCUCUCUCUCUCUCUCUCUCUCUUUAUAUAUUUAGAAGGGGAAGCGCACCACCGCCCUCUGCCACCAUUUAUACACAUGACAUUCAAACAACCCAUCAGUCUCCUAACAAAGAACGAGGACAGGCCUCAGUUUUAAAGCCUUAAAAGCCUCACACAUGGACGAGUACUCUUCUCUCCCUCUUACUCCCCAAGAAACCACCCUCACCAUCACCACCACCACCACCACCACCACUUCUGAUACCACCAACACCACCCCUGCCGCCCCCUCAAUUACAACAGCCCCAACUAGUGACACUAAUAGUGAAACUAAUAAUAGUAGUAGUGAAAAUGGUAGUAGGAAGUGCAAGGGAAGAGGUGGGCCAGAUAAUAGUAAGUUUAGAUACAGGGGAGUAAGGCAACGAAGCUGGGGCAAAUGGGUAGCUGAGAUCCGUGAGCCAAGAAAGCGAACUCGUAAGUGGCUCGGAACUUUUGCUACUGCGGAGGACGCAGCUCGAGCUUAUGACCGUGCCGCCAUCAUCCUCUAUGGCUCUAGGGCGCAGCUCAAUUUGCAACCCUCGAAUUCCUCCUCAGCUCAAUCCUCUUCUUCCUCCUCUCGCGGCUCGAGCUCUUCCUCCACUCAGACUCUUCGACCCUUGCUUCCUCGUCCUUCCGGCUUUGGCUUCACUUUCUCUCUUUCCGCUUCAAUGCCUUGUCCAGCGCCAGCGGCUGUAGCUGCUGCUUCUGGGUUUGGUCCGUACGGGGUUUAUCAUCAUCAUCCAAACGUUGUUGCGUCGAGCGUGCUAUGUCCUAGUAACAUAGUACAGAAUCCACAAGAACAAAUUAUGUCACGCCACUAUCAAUAUCAGUAUCAAAGCCCACUUCUUGAUGGGUCUAAUCUUUACACUGGCGACUCCAGUAGUAUCAUCCCAGCAACCGCGUAUCAAAAUCUUAACUAUGACCGUAACGAUCAUAACCGUCAUCAUCAUCAUCAUCAACAGCAACAAGAACCAAGUUUGUACGAGGAUAUCAGUUCGCUGGUGGGCUCGGUGGGUUCUAGUUUGUCUCUAUCUGGCAAUACUCGACCUGUAAUUGCACCAGCGGGUCAGGAUCCGGUUAUGCAUGUUGGACCCAGAUCUCCGUCGCUCUGGCCUUUGACAAGUGAUGAUGAAUACCCACCAUCUAGUCUUUGGGACUAUGGGGAUCCUUCCUUAUUUGAUCUAUGAGUUCUCGAUGAUGAGGAUAAAUUUGCAUGGGGAUUUUUUGGAGAUGCUAGAAAACAGUAUAAGUUGGGAUUGAUUAAUCACCCUUUGAGAUGAAGAUUUUCGAAAGAAGAAAGUGAUUAAAGAUUUGAUUCUACCAUAGAUGGUUGGAAAGAGAGGAUGUUAGCAAUUGCAUGUUUUGUUUAAAUAAAGCUGAGAAAGAUCUCUCUGAAGGCAAGUUAUUGAUUUUUGCUUUUCUUAAGGUAAAGGUUGCUUGCUUCGAUCUUAAUUUAGGCAGGUAAUUAAUUAUUAAGAUUUUAGAUUUUUUUAUAUAUAUGGAGUUUGGUAAUGAGAAGAAUUUAUUGUCAUCAGUUAGGGUUUGGCGACUAGAAUGAGUAGUUUGGUGUUUGGACUGAAAGAAAACAAAUUGUUGUAGAGCAGAAAUAUUGCUGUCUUCUGCAAUUCAAGUAAUGAGAAAUUUUCAAGAAUUUUCCCUUGUA